AUGACCGACCAAGCUAUUGCCCUCAUUCAACAACUGAGUUCUCUGGGGGAGAAACUGUCUUCGGGUGGCGAUGGAGAUCAAAGCGUGCGGAAUGAAGCAAUCUUUUUGAGUCGAAGAAUCGCCACGAGCCUUGAGCAGCCACAGAACGUCGCCGUUGACCUGGCAUUUUCUCCCUUCUUGGCCGUGGCUGCAAGAGUGGCCGACGGCUUAGACCUCUUCAAGCACAUCGCAAACAGCAAGGGACCGAUGACCUCCGGGGACCUGGCGUCUGCUUCUGGAGGCGAGGAACUACUGAUCAGUGCGGCCGCCAAGCUGGAUGUGGAGCCAAAAAAAACCGAUUUUACUAACAGCAUCGCAGGUCGGGUGCUGAGGCCCCUCGCAACGAUCGGCUUCGUCGACGAAGUAGGCGAACGGACGUGGCAAGCCACGCCCAUCACAAGGGCAAUGGCAACGGAGGAAGUCGCCUCCGGGCAUCGGAUGGUUGGCGAGAUGAUCGUCGGCGCCGCGCAGAAGGCCCCGGAUUACUUCCGCGAGGGCGGGUACCGCUGCCCCACCGAGCCGCGCGACGGCCUGAUGCAGUACGCCUUCCGGACGAAGCUGCCGACGUUCGAGCUGUUCAGGUCGGUCCCCAGGGUCUUUGGGGACUUCAACACGUUCAUGGGGAACACUAUGGGGGCGCGGCGGUACUGGGUGGACUGGUUCCCCGUGCAGGGGCGCCUGGCCGACGGUGCCAGGCCUGAUGCCGCUCUCGUCGUGGAUGUUGGCGGUGGCAGGGGCCACGACCUGCUCGCGUUCAAUGCCAGGUAUCCGGGGCGGGGGCGUCUGGUGCUGCAGGACCUGUCGUCCGUGACGGGUGGUCUUGGGGAUGUCGACCCGGCUGUUGAGGUCAUGCCGUACGACUUUUUCACCGAACAGCCUGUCAAAGGUGCACGCGCAUACUUCUUCCAUCACAUCCUCCACGACUGGUCGGAUCAGUACUGUCUGAAGAUACUCGAGCAGGCCAGGAAGUCCAUGACACCAGGGUACUCCAAGCUCCUCAUCCACGACCUCAUCGUGCCGGAGAGGGGGGCUGACAAGUUCACCGCGGUGUUUGACCUGGUCAUGAUGGCGUUCAACGCGGGCAUAGAGAGGACGGAGAGCCAGUGGAGGCAGCUGCUGGGGAAGGCGGGGCUCGAUGUCGUCGGGGUAUGGCCUCCGCCGGAGGCUGGUGCGGAUGGCAUCAUUGAAGCCAUGCUGAGUGAGUGA